UCUGUCAAGUGGCUUCCAGCGGUACUUGCCGGACUCCUUUGGCAGCGGCUGGCAGAGAUUCGUGGUUCUGUUACGGCCCUGUUUGAGUGUCCCGUCGGCUCCGCGUCUAGUUUUUCUGAUAUGAGUGCGAUUUGAGAAGCGUAGCACAUAUUCGGUGGCCCCCCGCGAAGGGCCUGUGACCAAGGGGACCACCCGAUUGCUUCCUCGGGUCAUCGCCAGCGAUAAUCCGGCACCAUGUCUGCUUCAGCCAUUUACAUACUGGACCUGAAGGGCAAGGUGCUGAUAUCGCGCAACUACCGCGGAGACAUAGACAUGACUUGCAUCGACAAGUUCAUGACUCUGCUCAUGGAGAAGGAGGAGGAAGGCUGUGUGACGCCCAUCCUCCGGCACUCGGACAUCGCCUUCAUGUACAUCAAGCACAACAACCUCUACUUGGUGGCGACUUCGAAGAAGAACGCCAACGUCGCUCUCAUAUUUGCAUUCCUUCAUAAGAUAGUUACUGUGUUCAGCGAGUACUUCAAGGAGCUAGAGGAAGAGAGCAUCCGGGACAACUUCGUCAUCAUCUACGAGCUGCUGGACGAGCUGAUGGACUUUGGCUACCCACAGACCACCGACGGCAAGAUCCUGCAGGAGUUCAUCACCCAGGAGAGCCACAAGAUGGAGCUGCAGCCACGGCUGCCCAUGGCGGUCACCAACGCCGUCUCCUGGCGAUCGGAAGGCGUCCGCUACCGCAAGAACGAGGUCUUCCUCGACGUUAUAGAGUCGGUCAACCUGCUUGCCAAUGCCGGCGGCAGCGUGCUACGUAGUGAGAUUGUGGGCUGCAUCAAGAUGCGUGUCUACCUCUCGGGCAUGCCGGAGCUUCGCCUGGGCCUCAAUGACAAGGUCCUUUUUGAGAGCACAGGACAGCGCGAAAGGAGGCGUCCUAGCGCCAUCUCUCUGCACCUUGAGCACAACUUCCUGGUGACUCACCAGUGGUGGUUCAUCGCGCACGAGAAUCAAGACUCCAAAAAGUGCUGCGGCAGUGAAUGCGUUUGGCAAUUUUCCUGGCAAAUGUUGUGCAACGCGUCACUGUGCCGUGUGCUUAGCCUGCCUGUGUUGUAUGUUCAGGUGAAACCCCUUAUCUGGAUCGAGUCUGUGAUCGAACGCCACGCCCAUAGCCGAGUGGAGUACAUGGUCAAGGCCAAGAGUCAAUUCAAGCGCCGGUCUACUGCCAACAACGUGGAGAUUGUGAUACCGGUGCCGCACGACGCAGACACGCCCAAGUUCAAGACAACUGUGGGCAAUGUAAAAUACGCACCCGAGCAGAACGCUGUCAUCUGGAGCGUCAAGUCCUUUCCCGGUGGCAAGGAAUACCUCAUGCGAGCACACUUUGGCCUGCCCAGCGUUGAGAGCGAGGAGACGGAAGGGCGCGCACCGAUCCAGGUCAAGUUUGAGAUACCCUACUUCACCACCUCCGGUAUACAGGUGCGCUACCUGAAGAUUAUAGAGAAGAGUGGCUACCAGGCACUGCCCUGGGUCCGCUACAUCACACAAAAUGGAGACUACCAGCUUCGCACCAACUGAACACUGGUAGACAAUAAAAGGCAGUCAGUUAACCAUGCAA